GGAAGGUAGGCUAUUUUGAAUUUGAAUCUUUGUGAAGGUCGCACACCAUUUUAUUGUUGGAGCACUAGUUCGAAAGUGAUAUGGAUUCGUCUGCUACAUCACCAAAGAAAGCGAAGAAGACAGCAGCGCCCAAGAAGCCUGCCGCACAUCCUGCGUAUAAGGACAUGAUCGCGGAAGCAAUCAGAAUUCUGAAGGAGCGAAAUGGGUCAUCGCGACAGAAAAUUGCCAAGUAUUUACAAUCUAAUUACAAAGGUCUCGGUGAUGAGAGCGCUCUGAAGAGAAACCUGAAAGCCUCCUUGAAAAAACUGGUCGCUUCUGGCUUUCUCAUCCAAACGAAAGGGGUAGGGGCUUCCGGUUCGUUCAAGCUGCCUGCCGCUGCCAAGAAGCCUGCAGCAGUGAAAAAGCCAGCAGCAGCAAAGAAGGUUGCGAAAAAGCCAGCAGCGGCGAAAAAGGCUACUGCUAAGAAGGCUGCAACUUCAGUCAAGAAAAGCCCUGCAAAAAAGAAGGCCUCGACACCAAAGAAAGCCAGCGGAGCCAACAAGUCACCAAAGAAGCCCAAGGCCAAAGUGGCAAAGAAGCCUAAAAUAGCUGCUGGUAAGAAGGCAUCAGCUGCUGGUAAGAGCAAACCCAAAAAGGCUGCCAGCAAAAAGACAGCAAAGUCACCGGCUGGGAAGAAAGUGAAGGCUGCAAAGUCAAAGAAGUAGAUGGCAUCAGUGGAGGAGGGCCAUGUUUCCCACUUACCACCUGGUUUACCAUAUAAACAAACAGCUUUUUUAAAAGCUACCAAAAA